GCAUUGAGAGGAUUGAAGUGGCAUUCUAAGGUCAUUUAAAAUCAUGACAAGCUCAGUUGGACAGAAAAAAGUCUCUUCAAGACAAAGGAAGUGUGGUUUUUGUAGAUCUAAUAAAGAUAAUGAAUGUGGACAAUUAUUGAUGUCAGAAAACCAGAAGGUGGCAGCACAUCACAAAUGUAUGCUGUUCUCAUCUGCACUGGUAUCUUCACACACUGAUAAUGAGAGUCUUGGUGGAUUCUCUAUUGAAGAUAUUCAGAAAGAAAUAAAGAGAGGCACUAAACUGAUGUGCUCUUUAUGCCAUUGUCCUGGAGCAACCAUUGGCUGUGAUGUGAAAACAUGUCACAAGACAUAUCACUACUACUGUGCAUUGCAUGAUAAAGCUCAGAUAAGAGAGAAACCCUCACAAGGCAUUUACAUGAUUUUAUGUCGAAAACACAAGAAAACUACGCAUAACUCUGAAGAUUUAGAAGAAAGUAUCAAUGAACACGAGUUGGAGCCUUCACCUCCCAAAGGAAAAAGGAGGGGUCGUAAGGGAAAGCCAAGAAAAACAAAUUUAAAAGGGCAAUCAGAAGACACUAGAUCUACGUCUUCACAUGGCACAGAUGAAAUAGAAAGCAGUUCCUAUAGAGACAGGUCUCCCCACAGAAGCAGCCCCAGUGAUACAAAACCUAAAUGUGGAUUCUGUCAUGCAGGUGAAGAAGAAAAUGAAGCUAGAGGAAAGCUUCAUAUAUUUAAUGCCAAAAAGGCUGCAGCACACUAUAAGUGCAUGUUGUUCUCUUCUGGCACUGUCCAGCUAACAACAACUUCCAGGGCAGAGUUUGGUGAUUUUGAUAUCAAAACUGUACUUCAAGAAAUCAAGAGAGGAAAAAGAAUGAAAUGCACGCUUUGCAGCCAGCCUGGUGCUACUAUUGGGUGUGAAAUUAAAGCCUGCAUAAAAACUUACCAUUACCACUGUGGAGUAGAAGACAAAGCUAAAUACAUUGAGAAUAUGUCACGAGGAAUUUAUAAACUCUAUUGUAAAAACCAUAGUGGGAAUGAUGAAAGAGAUGAAGAGGACGAAGAAAGAGAAAGCAAAAGCCGUGGCAAAUCAGGCGCUGACCAUAAUGACAUUCCUCAGCAGCAGCUCAAUGGAAACUAGGUUCAAGGGACAGAGUUAUAGAACUGGGAAUGGCUAAGACAUCAUAACUACUAAUUCUUUUAAAUUGUUUUCUAAAAUCAGAAAAGGGUUAGUAACUUUUUACUACCCAACUCUGUUAGAAAUUUCAUUGAACUGCCUGAAACGUUCAUGUGUGUGAGCCUUCAGUAAGUGGCAGAGUUUUACAUGUCAAUAUUAUGUAGUUUGUAGUCUGCAGUGUCUGGAAAAAAAUGAAACACUAUAUAAAUGAUAUGUAAUAUGUACAGUGUCAAAAGUUAAGGCAGACAUUGAAAUGAAGUAAGAUCUAUAUUUCUGGACUGAAUAAAAACCUUAAGAUUUGGAAUGUGUAAGUUGUUUAGUGGAUUCAUGCAAUGAGGGAAGGUCUUAGCUAGUUAUUAACAACAUGGACAAGUUUGUGGUGGCAACAAGCUGGUACUUUGUGAAUUUUGCAUUUUCUUCAUACACAAGUUACGGAGGCUAUACAUGGGAAAGCCGCGCUCUGUUUUUGCUUGCAAAGCACACAGUAGAAAAGGACUCAGUGUACACCGAAGCACGCUUGAACAUUUCAGGUUGUUCCUGUUGUAAUUGCUCAUUCCGCCCAGCAUUGUUUGCGGGAGAUUUACUUGAGCAGCUGUUGGUUCUGAGCUGUGAGCUUUAGAACUCAUGCCAAAGGGCUGUAGUUCAUUCUUCCCCCAACGACCCACCUCUUUCUGUGUCCCUGAUUUGCAAAGAACACUUCACUAAGUGUGAUUAAAACCUUACUAUACAAAUGUUUGGACUCUGCAGCCCAAUCUCUUUUACUUCAGAGAGUUACAACUCUUAACUCACCAUGGAAUUUAGCCACCAUAUCUGACAUCCAUACCUCAAAUGUUCUGUGUUGUGUGGAACACUUCAUAUUUUGUCCGGAAUAUGCAUAAAGGUCCCAUAUUCUGUAAGAAGAAUGAGGAAACAACCUUUUUUUGCUA